CAUGAUCAGCUGGGUGGUCACAGUCCUGUGGACAUAACACGCAAACAACACUCCACAAAACACUCUCCAAAUCUAUAUACGUCUCCGCUCCACACCUUCCACCGCGAGGGGAACUAGUCGUCCUAGCCUGGGUGUCAAGCGUUUUGUCAUCGCUACAAACAUUAAGCUUUGACCAGUGGUUACCUAGCGAGAAAUAGGGAAAUCAAAAGUGGCGCAAAAAAACGACUUCAUGUCAGACCCAGCGAAUAACCAGUCCUAUCUAUCAGUCCCGCAAGUAGACCGAUACUCUGACGACGAUCGUUACACCGACGACGAGCGAUGCUCCGACGACGACCGAUGCUCCCACGACGGCAAACCGAGCGACGACUCGGAGGAGGGGCGGAGCUCAAUGUCAGUUGCUAUGGUGAACCUCGUCAACGCACGCAUGCCGGCAUUCAGCCUCCUGCUGUUACCCUACUUCAUCCAGCAGGGAGGGGUAAUGGCGGUCAUAGCGCUCGUUUUUGUCCCGUGUGUGUGUGUCUACACGGGAAAGAUCCUAAUAGAAUGUUUGUACGACACGGAGAACCACAAGCGGGUCAGAGACACAUACAAGGAUAUAGGAGAAGCCGUUUGGCCUAAAUACGGCGGGAUACUGGUGACAGUAACGCAAGUUAUCCAACUUGUGCUACCGUUAUGUCUUUUUCUGCAUUUUGGGGCGAAUGCGUUGUUCCACGUUGUGCCGAAUUUCCCAGUGACUCAGGAAUUGUUGACCGUGGCCGCGGCUUUGCUCUGCCUGCCUCUGGUGUACCUCAAGACCUUGGCCCGAGUUUCCUGGGUAAGUUUGACGGCUGUCGUGUUUCUCCUGGUCGCCCUCCUGACCGUUCUCUACUACUGCGGUUUGAUGAUCGAGCACAAGAAGUGGACCAUGGAAGAACUCAACAUCUGGAACUUUCAGUGGGUUCUUAUGUCGCUUACAAUCGCGUCGGUCACAUCAACUCAUGGGGUCUUACCAACCUUAGAAUCCACCCUCAGUGACAGGUCGAAGUUCAACCGAAUUCUGGGACUGUCUUACGCGCUAUCCCAGUUCACCAUGCUCACGUUCUCCCUCAUCGCGUUUUUUGCAUUUCGCCAGAACCUAGAGAACCUUAUCACAGGUAGGUUGGUGGUCGGCAAGCUACGUGUAGUCAUGGGCGUUUUUCUAUUCGCCAAUGCCGUGAGCGCGUAUCCGUUCAACGCACUGGUGUUGUUUGAUGUCUUCAAGAAGUGCGUUAUCCCCAAGAACCCUUCACAUUUGUGGCCAAGUUGCAACGUUCUGAAAGCUUGGCUUGUUCUGCUAACGCUAAUCCCGGCCAUCGCUCUUCCUCACUUGCGCUUGUUGGUAGUGAUUAUCGGAAGCUUUUGUAAUAUUACCAUUACCUUGUUGUUGCCGUGCUACUUCCACCUGAAGCUCAAGGGCGAGCACUUGUCGUACUGUCAAACGGGUAUUAACUAUGCCAUUAUCAUUUGGGCGCUUGCUGUGGGCGUCACCAGUCUGAUCGCCUCCGCUAAAAACUUCGUGGAAGCUUUUUUAUGAUAGUAGUACAAGUAAUACAGUAUAAAAGUAUAUUAGUACAGUAUAAAAGUACAAGUAUAAAAGAAUGGUUCAUAAAAAAAUAAACGGGUCAAUUUUAAUAGCUAAAAUACAGUUAAGAUUUAUAAUAUAUCUUUGUCAGUUCUACCCUUAUCUACACAGCGGCCCGUUUUGGACGUUGUACCCACAGUUGUUUAUGUAGAACCUGGUGGGCUCAGAUAAGACAAUAUCUAAAUCGGCAGAAAAAAUGUUGGCAAACUACACCCCACCACAGCGCACCAGUUUAAAGGACAAGUAAUGUAUGGCUCUGAGCCAGUCAACGAAACGGAAUUUUCACAAUUCAUGGAUCCUUGAGAAAUUGGUUUCACCGUAGCUUCCUCCGCAGGCACCACUUUUGCCCAGACAGCAGCAAAGAAACACAGGCGCUCGGGGUUCCUGUGGCGAUGUGUCGAGCGCGAGAAGCUGAGGACGAGUAACAAAGGAACUUUUCGACCACAGGAAACCCGUAAGGCUUUUAGAUUGGCUUUCGGUUUCUAACAUUUUGAGACACCUACUGAAGAGGCUAUUUAACCGCACGAAUUCGAGGCUUCACCACACCACAAUGUUUCUUUAUUGAUUAUAAUAGUCUAAGCGUAUUUACAAAUAAUCUUAAAUACAUUUUUCUAAUUGAAUGUGUCAAUAAAAAUGUAUUUGAUAAGAUAGAAGUUUCCGCAGUUCCUAGAUGGAACCAAUCGCAUUUUGCAGAACCUUUUUUUUUUCUUUCGAGAUUUGAGACAAAUAAAGAAUGGUUUUAAAUGUC